AUGAAAAGCCCUGGGUGCGCUUCAAGGCAUGUCAGAUAUCUCAUCGUUUUCAACCUUUGCCUGGGAAUCUUCUUCCUGUCAGGAUUCUUCCAUUUGAAGAAUAAAAAUGAUGUAAUCUCAAACAGCCACGAGAGACUGCUGAUACCUUCUGCACCUUGCCGUGCCAAGACCAACGUCAUGUUCCUCAAGACCCACAAGACGGCCAGCAGCACCAUCCUGAACAUCAUGUUCAGGUUUGCGGAGAGGUACAACCUCACCGUCGCCCUCCCAGCUGACCAGCACUUCCACCUGGGCUACCCAAAAACCUUUCUGGCCCACUUUGUGGAGGGAUUUCAAACCAUAGGACAAAACUACAACAUCAUGUCCAAUCACCUGCGGUUUAACCGCUCAGAGGUACAAAAGGUGAUGGCACCCAACACCUUCUACUUUUCCAUCCUGAGGAACCCCAUUCCUCAGCUGGAGUCUUCCUACAUCUACUACAAGGACGAUGUUCCUGCCUUCAGGAUCUCCAAGGAUGUGAACGAGUACCUGGCAUCACCCAUGAAGUAUUACCACAGCGAAGCAUACAAGCAAAACAUCUACGCCAGGAAUAUCAUGUGGUUUGACUUUGGCUACAAUAACAAUGCAGAGGACAAUAAAAAGUACGUCCAGGCAGUCUUGAAGGAGAUUGAACAGAAUUUCCACCUGAUCUUGAUAGCAGACUACUUUGAUGAGUCCAUGAUCCUCUUGAAGCACGCUUUGUGCUGGGAUCUGGAUGAUGUGAUUUACUUCAAGCUCAACUCCAGAAGCCAGGACACUGUCCAGACCUUGACUCCAGAAAGCAAGGAGCGGAUAAAGGUGUGGUGCUCUCUGGACUGGAAGCUUUACCAGCACUUCAACCAGAGCUUCUGGAGGAGAAUUGAGGAGACCAUAGGCCUGGAGGAGCUGGAGAAGGAGGUGAAUGGCCUGCGAACAAGACAGAAGGAGCUCAUGGAGAUCUGUCUCUCAGACCAAGAGGCAGUGGGGAAGGAUCAUAUCAAGAACAAAGCUCUUCUGCCUUUCCAGUCAGGGGCUGCGAAUAUCCUUGGCUACAACCUCAAGCAAGACUUGGACAACAGGACUCUCAGGAUCUGCCAGAGGAUGGUCCUGCCAGAGCUCCAGUACACAUCCUACCUUUACGCUGUUCAGCACCCACACAAGAAGCGGAAGCAGGCCGGCUUGUUCCUGCCGAGGACCAGUCUGCAGGAGAAGACGCAGCCAACUCCCAAGUAG